AUGGCCAUAUGGAGUCGUCGCCAGAUAUCGUCAAGUUCCAACUUCGGACUUCCAGGCCCUCCCGGUCUAGGUUUUGGUGGUUCUUCAGGUUCUUCAUCUCCAACAUACUUCCAACGCCAGACCAGUUUGCCCGCCAAUACCAUUAUCCGCUUUGUUCCUCAACAGACAGCCUGGAUUGUGGAGCGCAUGGGAAAGUUCAAUCGGAUAUUGGACCCGGGUUUGGCUAUUUUGAUGCCGGUCAUCGACCGUAUUGCAUAUGUUCAAUCAUUGAAGGAAUCGGCCAUUGAAAUCCCGAGCCAAAGUGCGAUCACGGCAGACAAUGUAACGUUGGAGUUGGACGGUGUAUUAUAUACAAGAGUCUUUGAUGCCUACAAAGCAAGCUACGGAGUAGAAGAUGCAGAAUACGCUAUCGGCCAGUUAGCACAGACUACGAUGCGAUCGGAAAUCGGUCAAUUGACAUUGGACCACGUGCUCAAGGAACGAGCAAAUCUCAACUCGAACAUUACACAAGCCAUCAACGAGGCAGCACAGGAAUGGGGUGUGGUGUGUCUAAGAUACGAGAUUCGAGACAUCCAUGCUCCGGAAGGAGUUGUAGCAGCCAUGCAUCGACAAGUCACCGCAGAAAGAUCCAAGCGAGCGGAAAUCCUGGAGUCCGAAGGUCAACGACAGAGCGCCAUCAAUAUCGCUGAAGGUCGGAAACAAUCAGUAAUCCUAGCGUCCGAGGCUUUGAAAGCAGAACAGAUCAACACUGCUUCUGGUGAGGCCGAAGCAAUUCUGCUCAAGGCAACGGCGACCGCCCGGGGAAUUGAUGCCGUUGCGGAAUCCAUCCAAAAGGGUGCUUCGGAUGCUCAAAGUGCCAUCAGCCUGAGUGUGGCCGAGAAAUAUGUGGAGGCUUUUGGCAAGUUGGCCAAAGAGGGUACGGCUGUGGUGGUACCUGGAAAUGUGGGAGAUAUGGGUGGAAUGAUCGCCAGCGCUAUGGCGGUCUAUGGAAAGGUGAGUGAAGGACAGAAGAAAGUUUUACAAACGAGGACGAUCGAGGCAGGAUCUUCGACAACUGAAAACUCUGGGACGACAGGAAGUGCCGAUGCCAGAGAUGCAGUGCUCGAGUCCUUUGAAAAGACUGCUCGGUCGCGGAAGUGA